AUGGCUCGUCGUUUAACUAAAGAACUUGCGGACUUUGAGCAAAACUCACCUGAUUGGUGCUCGGUUAGCGCCGUAGACGAUGAUCUCAUGCAUUGGAACGCCAUUCUUGCUGGACCUGAGAACUCGCCUUAUUCUGGUGGUGUGUUCAACUUGGAUCUGCAGUUUCCUAGUGAAUAUCCCUUUAAGGCCCCUAAGGUUCGGUUUUUGACACGCGUGUAUCAUCCCAAUAUCAAGUCACAGUCUGGCGAGAUCUGUGCCGAUAUCAUUAGCGAGAACUGGACCCCGACGCUGAAUGUACUCCACUGUUUGACCGCAAUCAAGCAGAUUUUGGAGCAGCCAGAUAUGAACAAUCCGUUGGAGCCUGGUAUUGCCAAGCAAAUGCACGAGAACAAGACAGCUUUUGAGAAAACGGCGCUGAAGUGGAUGGAACAGUACGCGUCCUGA